UCAGGAGGAGGAACUUUGGCGGUCUCUGCACCUCUAGCCGGCAGCAGCGGCCGGCAGGCCCUUGCUCUUUACCAAGGCUCGUGCUCUCCAGGGGUCCAGAGCAUGGUCCCGGGUCACCGCUGGCGGAGCGAGUAUGCCAAUAGGGAGGAUGUUUGGCUGGAAGGUGGCAGUUCUAUGUUGGUGGGUCUCCUGCGGCUCUGCCGCUGGACAUCUAGAAUACUCAGUGUUGGAGGAGACCCAGCGGGGCGUAGCCGUAGGCAAUAUUACCGCGGACUUGGGGCUGUCAGCAGCAGCUUUGUCCUUGCGGAACUUUCGCUUCCUUUCCAGCCACGACGAGCCUUACUUUGGGGUGGAUCUAGCCAGCGGUAGCUUGGUGGUCCGAGAGCCAGCGGACCGCGAACGGCUGUGUGAGGCCAAAGUUGCCUGCGUCCUGACCUAUGAACUGGUGCUCGAGGACCCGUUGGAGCUGCACGAGAUGCGCGUUCACGUCCUGGACACCAACGACAACUCGCCUUUCUUCCCUGCCGGAGACGUGCAGCUGCACAUCCCCGAGUUCCUAAUGCCUGGGUCCCGCUUUACUCUCCCUAAUGCCCAAGAUGCCGACGAGGGAAGUAACAGGGUGCUAAGUUACAGGCUGAGCCCCAGCCAGCACUUUCGCCUGGACAUGGGGUCGCGGGUCGACGGCAGCGAAUAUCCAGAGUUGGUAUUGGAGAAAGCGCUGGAUCGCGAGGAGCGCGCCACGCACCGGCUCGUGCUCACGGCGCGGGACCGCGGGCAGCCCGCACGCUCUGGAGACGCCCAAGUCACCAUCAUUGUGGUGGACACAAAUGACAAUGCGCCUGUAUUUGAGCGCACAGUAUACCGCACCAAGGUGCCAGAGACUGUGCCCAACGGGACUGUGUUAUUCCGAGUGCAGGCCUCAGACCCGGAUGAAGGCACUAAUGGGGAAAUCCGGUAUUUCUUAAGCAAUAGCACGCACGCAAAGCUGCGACACCACUUUCAUGUGCACCCUAGAAGUGGGGAAGUGAGGGUAGCUGCUUCGCUAGGUCUGCCUGAAACGCUGUUGGAGGCAUACAUCGAGGCAAGGGAUGAAGGCGCCUUCGGUCUAGCUAGCACCGCCAAACUGCUGGUGGAAGUGACUGACGUGAAUGAUCAUGCCCCUGAAGUGAACCUCCUGACUCUCUCCAGUCCAGUUUCCGAGGAUGUCACCCCUGGCACAGUGAUUGCUCUCCUUAGUGUAAGGGAUGAGGACCUUGGUCCCAAUGGGAAGGUCACUUGUAGCAUGUCCAGUGGAGGCCCUUUUAAAAUGAAGGCUUCCUUUGACAAUUACUACAGUUUGCUGAUUGACGGGCCACUGGACCGGGAGCAAGUCAGCGAAUAUCAGGUCCUGAUCACCGCCUCAGAUGGUGGCUCACCCCCGCUUACCGUCCACAGGACACUGACUGUGUCAGUUGCUGAUGUGAAUGACAAUACACCAAGCUUUCCUCAACAGCAACAGGAACUUUUUGUGGCUGAAAACAAUGGCCCUGGAGCCUCUUUAGGCCGUGUGUUUGCCCAGGACCCAGACCUGGGGAAGAAUGGCCUUGUCUUCUAUGAACUGUUGGAUAUUAUCUCUGAAGGGCAGAUAGCAUCUAGCUUGGUGGCAGUAGAGUCAUCCAGUGGGGCUAUCACUGCCAAAACUUCCUUUGACUUUGAGCAGCUCAAGGGGUUUCACUUUCAAGUGGAAGCCCGAGAUGGUGGCAUUCCUCCCAGAAGUGCAGCGGUGACUGUGAACUUGUUUGUGGUAGAUAGAAACGACAAUGCUCCAGUAAUCUUGUUUCCCUUGCCCAGAAAUGGUUCUGUCCCAGUGGAAAUAGUGCCCCGCUCUGCCAGAACGGGACACUUGGUCACAAAAGUGGUAGCAGAAGAUGCAGACAGUGGUUCCAAUGCCUGGCUUUCCUACCACAUCUCUCGGGCUUCAGAUUCUAGCCUUUUUAGAAUUUCAGCCAAUAUGGGAGAGCUCCGUACUGCUCGCUUAGUUCUUCCCAAUGAUGUGGUUAAACAGAGAGUGGUGAUAGUGGUUCGGGACCAUGGAGAACCAUCACUUUCCUCCUCUGUCACACUGGGUGUGCUGUUGAGCAACUCUGCCUCUCAGGUCCUUCCAGACUUUGAAGAUGCCUGGGAAACAGGAGGGCACCUUUCUGCCCAGAACCUGUAUUUGGUAAUUGCGCUGGCCUGUAUUUCUUUUUUAUUUCUGGGAUGCUUGCUUUUUUGUGUGUGUAUCAAAUUGUGCCAGAACCUAGGUUGUUGCUCUCAGAGCUGCUAUUGCUCUCCAGAGGAACCGAGGUGUGGAAGGAACAUGGCUUCAAAUCCUUGCAUGACAUCAGCCACAAUAGAUGUCACUACGACUGAGAGACUUUCUCAGACCUAUCUUUAUCGGGCCUCUCUAGGACUUGGUUCUGAUAAUAACAGUUUGCUUCUGCGUGGGGAAUACAAUGCUGCUGACCUGAGAAAUCUGGCUGCUGGGGUAGGACUCAGUUUGCCAAUCUCCCAUAUUCAGAUUCGGAAUAGGAAAGGAGAGCAUGCAAAUAUCAAUGUCAUGGUAAGCAAAUUUUAUGGGAUUUGAUUCUCUUGACCAGGAGAUGGCCACCGGCUAUGUCUUAGAAGAGCCUUUGGCAACAUUUAAUCCAUUGAGUUAAACACUCAUGUUUAGCAAUCCCUGUGCCUUACUGGGAGUAUAAAAGUAUUAAAAGAUUGUUCUUGG